CAUGGUGUGUAAUUUUCAGAAGUGUCAAAAGUUUGCAUUAAAAACACAACUCAUCUUAUAGUUUCAGUGCUAGGUUGUUGAAAAGUGGAGAAAUGUCCGUAAUUAAUGAUGUUGCUACGCUUUACAAGCAAUUGAAAUUAGAAUGGGGAACAGCGAAGCCGAAUUUGAGUAAAUGUGAAAAGCUUCUAGCCGAUUUAAAGAUUGGCCUGACAAAUUUGAUUUUCCUGCCCACUUCAUAUACUGUAGCAACAAAAGAGGAACUGAUCUUAGCCAGAGAUAUACUGGAAAUUGGUGUGCAAUGGAGUAUUGAGGCUAAGGAUAUCCCUGCAUUUGAAAGAUACAUGGCUCAAUUGAAGUGUUACUACUUUGAUUAUCAUAGCCAACUUCCUGAAUCAGCAUUCAAAUAUCAAUUGUUAGGUUUAAAUUUACUGUUCUUGCUGUCACAGAAUCGUGUGGCAGAGUUCCACACUGAGCUUGAAUUACUUCCAUCAGAUCAAAUCCAGGAAAAUGUUUACAUCAGACAUCCAUUAUCUAUUGAGCAAUUUUUGAUGGAAGGAAGUUACAACAAAAUCUUUUUGGCUAAAGGAAAUGUACCUGCUAAGAAUUAUAACUUUUUUAUGGAUAUCUUAUUGGACACAAUCAGGGGGGAAAUUGCAGUUUGCUUAGAAAAGGCAUAUGAAAAAAUAUCUUUGAAAGAUACUUCAAGAAUGCUAUAUUUGCCAAAAGAAGAAACUGCUAAAGAAUUUGGUUUGAAGACUAUGAAAUGGAAAUUGCAACCUGAUAAUUUCUUCCACUUUGCACCAGAGGUUCAAAAGAAUGAUGAGCCAAUCCCAUCAAAAGAACUGGCUGAGCAGGCAAUCGAUUAUGCUAUGGAAUUAGAAAUGAUUGUUUAACUUAUUUACAUUGUACUUUUUAUUUUUAAAAUAAUCAAACAAAAAUCUAGUAUUUUGUCAAACUUG